CAUGUGCGGAAGCUUAUCUUGUAGCCCGAUCCAUUCUGUGCUGGCAGUCUAUUUAAGUCCUGCUGUCAAAGCUCAUCUCCACAAAUAGUGUUCUUCCUUUACAUUCAGAAUGUCUUUUUGCUCCUUUUUUGAUGGCGAGGUCUAUAAAGACCAUUUCAAACCAGGUAUGUAUGUGUGUUCUCAGUGCAACAACCCGCUGUUCUCCAGCAGGUCUAAGUUCCCCCACUCCUCCCCGUGGCCUGCCUUCACUGAGACCAUCAAAGAGGACAGUGUCACCAAGAUGAUGGAGUCACUCACAGCCUUCAAGGUGCUUUGUGGGAAGUGUGGUAACGGACUGGGCCAUGAAUUUGUCAACGACGGUCCGGAGGAAGGCAUCUCACGAUUCUGAAUAUUCAGCAACUCGCUCAAGUUUGUCCCAAAUAAAGACAAACAGUAAGUCGAGUUGAGGAGCCCAAGCAGGUAGCUGUAGCCUCACAUCACAGCCCUGUGUAAGGGACUGGUCAGUAUGUGACGUGGACAGGAACAAGGCCCAGGAGGGACACCCUGUACACUGAUGACUCUAUGACCAGCCUGGAACACAGGGACAUUCUAGAGAAACAUUAUUUUUCACCAAGAUAGUUGUUCUAUAGACGUGGUAGUGUUUUUCAGUACAUCACAGAUCUAAAAGCAUUCCUUGAAAACCUCUUAUAAUAAGCAUGCAGAUCUAGUUGAUCUUUAAGAUAUAGGUUACGUUAAGAUAUAGGUUACGUUAAGAUAUAGGUUACGUUAAGAUAUAGGUUACGUUAAGAUAUAGGUUACGUUAAGAUAUAGGUUACGUUAAGAUAUAGGUUACGUUAAGAUAUAAGCCUAUUGUGGAUUAUAUGCUUUUUAUGCUAAUCUGCAUUCCAUUGCUUUGUAGCAGUUCAAGCAUGUGAAGCAAUUAGAGUUUUUUUUGUUGUAUUUAGUUAUUUGAUUAUUUAUUUGAAUAUACUCACCAUGUAUUCUGUAAGGAGGUGACACAGUUGGUGCAAGGUGUCAUGUUCUUGAAAAAAACUCUCACUGCAAUUUAGCCAAAGACAUACGCAGGCUUGCUAUCACAUCUAUGCAUUUGAUGUACAUGUAUACUACUCAUUGAAAUAUCACUUCCUUAUAUUAUGUAGAUAAAUAUUGAACAAUUAGCUGAAUUUCGGUUGUAUGGACCAUUUGUGAUUUCACAUUGCUACAGUAUAUUUGCACAUUGAGCCAUGUGAAACGGCAUACGUGAAUUGACUAGCAUGAUUGCUCAUUAUUUAGAUGAUCUAUGUCAUUUAUGACUUGGAGUCUUCUGUUGUGUGAUUCCCAUGACAUUCUUUUAAUUAAUACAUGUUCUAACUGGCAAUGCAAAUGGAAUAAACAAUGAUUUUUCUGGUAUUAAUACAAUUGCACUGAUGAAAUGCAGAUGCUUUGUUUAUCGGUCAUGAUUCUAUUAUACUGAUAACAAUAAAUGACUAUUGUUUACUAAAA